GGGGAGGAGGCUCACAGAGUGAUAUGAUAAGAUUGAGAUCGGGUUACAAAUUUAAGUGUGCAAGGGAAAAAACGAUUCCAUUGCAGAGGUAAAUAGCAAAGUCAUAUUCACAGGUAAUCUCUGCAUAUACUCGUAUGGGAAAUGAUCCAGUUUGUCUAAGUCUUAUGAGAACCUUUAUACAGCGCUUCAUGUUAAGUAGUCUUUGUUUACUCUGCAGGACUCAAUACAACCCAUGCUUCCAUCUAUCUCCCUUUCCCUUGAUAUCAUGCUCACUCAUGUACCUGCAGGAAGGCUCUACACCAAUGCCCCACAGCAUCCAGGUGGUGUUUGAUGUCCGUCUCGAAAAUUUCACAUGUUUGGCUGGCCGUUGAUUGUUUGGUUGCAGAAUUGCUCAAUAUGGGUAAGAUGGGAAUGCCUCCCUACUCUCCAACGGGUCUCUUGGGGUGUCUCUUGGAAAAUCUGAUGCUGGGAGUUGAAGGCCCAUCUAUUAUAUCGACGCCCUUCAAAAGAAAGAGUGAUUCAGAGAGCAAACGGGUUAAAGGGCAAGAGUGGUGCUAUCGGAAAAUUCGAAUCGUGCCUUCUCGCCCUCUCACCCCGAACCUUUGAGCUCUUGAUCAAUGGAAACGAUCCGUUGUGCCACCCGAUCAAAGUCUUCUCUAUUUGGCCGUGUUGCCAUUCAUCAGAAGAGCAGCUUGAUGGAGGUAUACAUUCUUGGGUUUCACUGCCUUCAGAUACUCUUAUGAGCUUGAACGUCUUUGAUAUUGAUGGGCUUCUGGAGGGAUGACAUUCCAAAAUCACGUGAAGAUUUCGGGCAGUGCCGAAAAGCGGAGAAACUCCCCUGCACCUGCCACCUUCAUUCUUUGACCUGUCAAAUUUGAUUUGGCUAAGAAAUUACUUACUCCACAACUUGAUGUUACAUCGACUUAUUGGGUGGAAAAACAUACCAAGUUUAUCCGUGAUCUCGCGGGGGUAACCAUACAGCUGUCAAGGAAAUCCACACCGUCCCGAUCGAAGUUGUCGCCUGCCGAGGAAUCUGCCAACAAUCUGGUUCCUGCGGGACUGAUGUAGCGUGAUUUCCGUUGGUUUAUCUGAUUGGCAAAUUGCGGUAGAACCUUAUUCCGGAAGCUCGAAAAUUUAAUAUAUGUAUGAGAUCGCCAAUGUACUACCCCUCUCAAGAUCCAUGUUCGGGCCAGAAUCGUCCGGUUUCUCUUGUUCUAUUGGGCAGCUUAAAGGUGUAGAUACGGGGUAUAUAUGGCCAUCCUCGGUACAAACGACUGAGAAGUACCUCGUAGUGGAUCGCUUAUACCCAAGGUACAUAUCAAGCACUUAUGAAGUCAUAUAUACGAAAAAUUGUGUAUAAAAGAGCUUGAUCCAAGAUGUCGUUUCCCCCAGCAAGCAACCCGACCUUUUGCUCAUCUUCUACGCACCAUGCGGCUGCAGUCACUAUUUGCGUCGGCAUUGACCCUAGGGUCAUGCGUCGCUCAGAACAGUACAAAUGGUACAUGGCCAAUACACAACAAUGGUCUCACUACGCAGAUUGAAUGGGAUCAUUAUAGCAUGAUAGUCAAUGGGCAACGCUUCUUUUUAUGGUCCGGCGAGCUCCAUUAUUGGCGAAUUCCCGUACCGGAAUUGUGGGUAGAUGUUCUACAGAAGAUUAAGGCUGCUGGUUUCAAUACAUUUGCAAUUUAUACACAUUGGUACUUUCAUAACCCAAACCCUGAAACGCUCGACUUCGAGAAUGCAGCACACGAUUUCACAAAGAUCUUUGACCUUGCUAAGGAAUUGGGAAUGUAUGUCGUGUUUCGACCAGGGCCUUAUGUUAAUGCCGAGUCCAAUGCUGGAGCUUUUCCAUUAUGGUUGACGACUGGGGCUUAUGGAUCUCUUCGAAAUAAUGAUACUCGCUAUACUGAAGCCUGGACACCUUUCUGGGAAAAGGUUGCCUCUAUAGUUGCCCCCUAUCAACUUACCAAUGGAGGAAACGUUCUCACUUAUCAGAUUGAGAACGAGUUGGGCUCACAAUGGCGUGGAACCCCAUCCAAAAAAAUACCUAACCUAUCUUCCAUUCAAUACAUGGAAGCAUUGGAAGCCUCCGCACGAGCUCAAGGUAUUACGAUACCAUUCCAAGCCAACGAUCCUAAUCUCAAUUCGGACUCGUGGUCGAAGGAUUUCUAUGAUGGCUAUGGUUCUGUUGACAUCUAUGGUAUGGAUUCUUAUCCAGCAUGCUGGACUUGUAAUUUGACAGAGUGCGAUUCCACAAACGGAGCAUACAAGCCUUUCAACGUCAUCGAUUAUUAUGACCAUUUCCAAGAAAUUUCACCAACUCAACCGUCAUUUCUUCCAGAGUUUCAAGGUGGUAGUUUUAAUCCUUGGGGUGGCCCCGAAGGCGGAUGUCCAGAAAAUUCUCCCGCCGAUUUCGCAAAUCUCUUCUAUCGUAAUAACGUUGGACAAAGAGUGACAGCCAUGAGUCUUUAUAUGCUUUACGGAGGAACGAACUGGGGUUGGUUAGCUGCUCCUGUAGUGGCAACCAGUUACGAUUACUCGAGUCCAAUAUCUGAAAACAGAAUGAUCAACGACAAGUAUGCUGAAACCAAAUUGUUCGGCCAAUUUCUUCGUGUAGCCAAAGAUUUGACAAAGACUGACCGAAUUGGCACGAACCAAACCGCUUCUACUAAUCCGAAUAUCGUCUACUCUGAAAUCCGCAAUCCGGACACAAAUGGCGCAUUUUAUGUUACGAUCCACCAGGAAUCCACAGUUGGCACUAGAGAGGAAUUCUACAUCAACGCUAACACAUCCAAAGGGGAAUUCACAAUUCCUCAAAAAGCUGCGCCCAUUGUUUUGAAUGGUUUCCAAUCUAAAAUCAUCGUCACUGACUUCAGCUUUGGAUCUCACUCGCUGUUGUACUCUACAGCUGAGGUUUUAUCCCAUUCUAUCGUGGACGAGGAAGACAUUUUAGCUCUUUGGAUGCCAACUGGCGAAGCUGGCGAGUUUGUUGUCACUGGUGCGAAGUCCGGCAAAGUUUCCAGCUGUGGAGGCUGUUCUUCCGUUGGCUUUUACCCACAAGGGGAUGAUCUCCUCGUUACCAUCUCUCAAUCCGAAGGUAUCAGUAUCUUGACAUUUGAUGAUGGACUUCGUGUUCUAGUUAUGGAUAGAUCAUACGCGUAUGAGUUCUGGGUUCCAGUUCUCACAGCAGAUCCAUUCAGUCCUGCGAACGAAACCGUUUUCGUUCAAGGCCCAAGUCUAGUUCGAAGCGUUGCCUACUCCUCCGACGGUACAAUUUUGGAACUUACUGGAGACAACAAUGGAACUUCGACACAGAUCGAGGUUUUCCCACCCAAAGCUGUAAGUGAAGUCACAUGGAACGGUCAAUCCAUUAAGACAAGUAAGACAGACUACGGUAGCUUGAUCGGCAGUCUUACCGCCCCUGCACUUGAUUCUUUGACUUUACCAGAGAUUUCUGGCUGGAAAGCAAAUGACAGCUUACCUGAACGUCUAUCUACUUAUGAUGAUAGCUGGUGGGUCGACGCCAAUCACAUGAACACUUCAAAUCCAACCAAACCAGAAACACUUCCAGUGCUCUACAUUGAUGAUUACGGAUACCAUGUUGGAAAUCAUCUCUGGCGUGGAAGAUUUGAAGGAUCGGCAAGUGGAGUAUAUCUCAGCGUCACUGGAGGUCGUGCCUUUGGCUACAGUGCCUGGCUGAAUGGCGAAUUUAUCGGCUCAUACGUAGGAGCUGCUUACCCAGACACAGGAGAAUUGACACUUUCCUUUGGUAAUCUCGCCAGCUCAAAUUCCACCAAUAUUCUUCUCGUUCUUCAGGAUAACUCUGGUCAUGAUGAGACCAGUGGGGCACUCAACCCACGAGGAAUCAAUAACGCUACCUUAAUCAGUUCUUCUGCCAAGAAUUUCACAUCUUGGAAAGUCACAGGCACAGCUGGUAAGCCAGAUACAGCGAUUGAUCCUGUCCGUGGUAUUCUCUCAGAGGGUGGUCUCUACGCCGAACGUCUCGGAUGGCAUCUUCCUGGUUUCGACGACAGUGAAUGGUCCUCCGCAUCCCCAAGCAACAUUUCCUCUUCAGCCGGCGUAACAUUCUACCGCACCACCGUUCCUUUAGCCAUUCCUACAGGUCUCGAUGUGGCAAUAUCUUUCACGCUCAAUGCUUCACCCUCAAACGCAGCUCUUCGUGCCCUUCUUUUCGUGAACGGAUACCAGUAUGGUCGAUUUAGUCCUUGGAUUGGAAACCAGAUUGAAUUCCCUGUACCACCUGGAAUCUUGAAUUAUGAUGGGGAUAAUGUUAUUGGUCUAAGUGUUUGGAGACAAGAAGAGGGAGGUGAGAGUAUGGGUGUAGAUGUUGGAUGGAAGAUUACGGAGGCUUUUGCAAGUAGUUUUGAGCCGAUCUUCGAUGCGACAUACUUGCAGCCAGGAUGGACUGAAGAGAGAUUACAGUAUGCUUGAUGGCUGUAUCGUUGUAAUAAUAAUGAUAUUCAUGAUUUGAUGUGUUAGAAGGAGAACUUUUAUUGUACGGUUGGAAUUUACGUCGAUAUCGCGAAUAGUCAUUUGUGGCAUCUUUGAUUUAUAUCACUUUAAUUUUAAGAAGUAAAAUGCUCGCUUUUUA